UUGGGUGUUUUUUACUUGUAGUCUAUUAUGUCGGAGAUCAUUUAUGCCUUAUGUUCAUAUUGUUGGCGAUGUUACAACUAAGACAAGCAUUGUGGGAAUAACUAGCAUCAUAUGGCUGCUUCCCCUGGUGUUGUGUCCAUAGGCGAAGGUUGGAGGGCAAAUAAACCUUUUCUAAAACGUUGUAAGAACUAUAGUUGUUAUCAGUGAUUUAUUCAAGAUUAUGUCUAUAGUACUUUGAUUGAGGGAUUAGUGAAACUGAUAGGAGUAUAAUAUAGGAAUAUUGUAGUUUCUUGUACUUUGAACACUGCUAAAAAUCACUAGUCAUGAGUGAGAGACCACAGCCCUUAAGGGCUAUAAACAAGUUUUUUGAUGGAAAGGAGCCAUGGCAAAUUGUAUCAAUGACAGCUUCUUCUUUAUUAGCCAUAGUUUGGGUUCACAGUUUAUACAAUGCAAGAGAAAGUGUGACAGUCCGCCUUCGAAAACAGUUUUUCAGGUGGCUACGUCAAGUUCCAAUGGUAAGGAAGAAGAUAGAACAAAAAAUGGCCGAGAUAAAGAAAGAUUUCCAUACAGAUGUAGAAAAGAGACUCGCAGGAGUCACAAUUAGAAGAGAAUUGCCUGAACAAGGUUUGGAUCCUGAACAGAUAUCGCAAGAAGUCAGAGAUCAUCUGAAUUUAGGGGCUUAUGAUUGGAAGAAUGGUGCAGUAUCUGGUGCAGUCUACCACUUGUGUGAAGACAUCAGUCGUGUGGCUUGCGAGGCUUAUACCUUGACUGCCUACACCAAUCCACUGCACUCAGAUGUCUUCCCAGGAAUUAACAAAAUGGAGGCGGAGAUUGUGCAGAUGGCUAUUAACUUAUUCAAUGGUGAUGAGGAGUGUUGUGGGACAGUAACUACAGGUGGCACAGAAUCCAUAAUAAUGGCGUGCAAGGCCUUCAGGGACCUCGCCUACAGCAAAGGCAUAAGCAACCCACAGAUAAUCGUGCCAUCAACUGCCCAUUCUGCUUUCGACAAGGCGGCUCAGUACUUAGGCCUGUUUGUUGUGACCAUACCGGUGGACCCGGUGACGCUAUGUGUCGAUGUCGAUAAGGUCAGCGAUGCUAUUGGAAGACGAACGUGCUUGAUCGUGGGGUCGGCUCCGAACUACCCGUACGGCACGAUGGACGACAUCGGCGCGUUGUCUGCGCUGGCGGCGCGCGCGGGGGUGCCGCUGCACGUGGACGCGUGCCUGGGCGGGCUGGUGGCGGGCUUCAUGCCGGCCGCCGGACACCCCGUGCCGCCCUUCGACUUCCGCCUGCCCGGAGUCGCCAGCAUCUCCGCCGACACGCACAAGUACGGGUACGCCCCGAAGGGCACGUCGGUGAUCCUGUACCGGCGUGCGGAGUACCGGCACUGCCAGUACACCGUCACCACGGAGUGGCCGGGCGGCGUGUACGGCUCGCCCACCGUCAACGGCAGCCGAGCCGGCGGGCUGAUCGCGGCGUGCUGGGCCACCAUGAUGUUCGUGGGCAGACAGAGAUACAUUCAGAUGACGAAGGAGGUGGUGGACACGGCGAGAUACAUCGAAAAUGAAUUACGCAAGAUAGACGGCAUCUUCAUAUUCGGCAAGCCCGCCACCACCGUCAUCGCGUUCGGCUCCCAGCGGUUCGACAUCUUCCAGCUGGCCGACCUGCUGCACAAGCGCGGCUGGGCGCUCAACGCGCUGCAGUUCCCGUCCGGGGUGCACCUGUGCGUGACGCACGCGCACACGUGCGACGGCGUGGCGGCGCGCUUCGUGGCGGACGUGGCGGCCGCCGCGCGCACCUGCCUCACCGACGCCGCGGCGCCAGUGCACGGCAAGAUGGCGAUAUACGGCGUGGCGCAGGAGAUAUCGGACCGCAGCCUCGUGUCCGACAUCACGAAGCACUUCAUAGACUCCAUGUACUACCUGCCCAAGGGCGACCCGCAGUAGCGCGCCGGGACACGUCGAUUGUAUUCCAUUCCAAACGGCUUAGAAAAUUGUAGAUACGUUUGAGGUGGAGGAGUGGGUCACUAAUCAAGUAAUUAAAUAAACAGAGAGUGAACGAAAAGCCAUAAAAGUUAGUCGUUUUUAUAGUAAUUUUUGUUCUAACGCUUAUAUUUAAGAUCGUCGUGUUGACAUGUCACUGACAGCCACUGACGAGUCGGGGUCCGCCAUAGUGACGAGACCCCCCACACACAGCGCAGGCGCCGCACUACGUACUGAGUACUUGUGCUCUGUGCGACUACAGGGAAACCAGACAAUGAGAAUACCUUGAGCCAUGUUUGGUUCACGACUAGACACACCCGCCCUAGUUCACAUCUUCCCUCCGAGUGACCUGCGUCUAACUAUUUUUUAUAGAUACGUAAUAGAGUACGUAAUUUUAUCUAAUUAUGGUCUGAGGGAAUUCUCGCUUUGACCGGGGACUCCCCUGUUUUAUUUUAAAUCAAAUUCUUAAUCAAUUCGUUGUUUUAUUUAAAAUUAAAUUAUAAAUCGAUUUUUUUUUGUACGUGCAUUAUGUCAUGAACCAUAUUGGUUAAUUGGCUAAGUCAUCACGAGAGACCGAAGGUGCCAUAUUGUACAAAGUACAUUUGAACAGUUGUUAACUGUCGUUAUAUUUAAUAUGCACUUAUUUCUAUCAACACUUGUGUUAGAGGGUAGAGUGUAAAGGGGAUUAUCUGAGUUAAAAGGUUUUUCUACAACUAAUUAAAAUGACGUCACUGUACCCACUGCAUCCCUCAAGCCGAAACGCAUUACUGCUUCGCGGCCGAAAUAGGUAGGGUGGUGGUAACUACCGCGGACUCACAAGGCGUCCUACCACCGGUAAAAAAUUAAUAAUUUAGUAAUUCUCCUAAAAGCUGUAAUCUAGAAUCUAUAAACUGGCAAGAAAAAAAAUACAAGCGCAGGGAAAUGGAGAUUUAGUUAAUUAUUAUAAUACAAGAGGUGUAUAAGGUACUUCACUUUAUUUAGAUCAGCUAAUUUCAGAUCGUACAUUACUUUCUGAUGUAUUUUAGUUGAGAUCUACAUAGGAACCAAUUUUUUUUUAAAUUGAUUUUAUGACCUGUUAACUAAGACCUUUAAGUCAUGUCUUAUUUUAAUUGAUAUUCUUAUUUUUAUGAAAAAUGAUAAUAUGGAGUGAAAUGAAGAUGAUUAAUUUGAGACAUUAAUCAACUGGGAUGAAAUUAAAUGAAAUGAGAUGAGAUGAUGUGGGAUGAAAUAUAAUCUCAGUAAAAUGGUGGUCAUAUACUGAGGUUUUUUCAGUGGACUUUUUGGAGGAUACCGAAAAGUUACGUCCAGCGGCUUUGUUUUAUUUUCCCGCCUUUGUGCACUUUCACAGAUAUUAAACAGUUAAUAAACCACCGUUAUUUCACAUUUAAACCUGAAGCAACACUAAAUAGACAAAAUAAAACUAAUCACACAACUUCACUCCUCGCGUUCCCGCCAAAAAGUCCGGAACCAAAUGAGAUUAUCCUCCCGCUCUGUUCUACAUAGCGACAAAUUCACUUUCUUAAUACGUAAAUGACAAGCACAGUUUUAUUAUAAAGAAAAAAAAACGUAUUUUUUCUCCUACCUACGCCGAAAGUUCGAGUUUUCCUCCCGCUGUACAGGGAAGAAAGUGUGACUUUUUCUCCCUGGGUACUGACAAGUGCGCAUGCGCGUUAGUGUCUACGUCUGCUCUCACGCACCUAAAAUUCUCCGCCAUUGUUGUGCUCGGGUAAUUUGCAAUAUUGUGUUUAGUGUAAAAGUGAAAUAAACAAGAGGCAAUAAAGUUUAAUAGUGAAGUAUUAAACAAAGAUGAGUUCAUCAGACAGUUCUUAUUCAAUUAGUUUAUUUAAAAAUUAAAAAACAGUUAAAUUGGUAUUUUUUUCAAAUAAGGGGGGCUCCGCCCCCCCCUACCCCCGGCCAGGGCUUCUCCCCUGGACCCCGGCUCGGUACUCCACAAACUUUCGGCCUGGUAGGAGAAAAAAUAGUAUGUGGACCGUGGUGCACAAUGUACUAUAACUUGUACAGUUAUCUUGAAUUAUAUGCUCUAACAUGGUUUAUGUAUAUUAUUCAACAUUUAUUGUAUGUACUUAAUUGAAUUAUAGAUUGUAUAUUUGUAUAUUUUUAUGAAAAUUUUUGUAAUCGUUCGAUGAAGUUCAAUUUUCGUUCCACUCGCACCUCGUGCGUUUGGCGAACGUGUAAGCAAGACAAAUAUAUUAUGUUUUCAAUAAAUGUUUUAUAUUAGAAACCAGUGCAUCAUUGCAGUCAGAAUAUAUUAAAAACGUUUCAACUACUAA